ACCCCGUCGCCCGUUCAAUCUGACUUGCGGGUCGUCCGGCGCAUCGUACGGUUGAUAACGUGGCAGACGAGUGCCACUUCACUGACCCAGUUCGGCCACAGGACCCCGUCACCCGUUCAAUCCAACUUGCGCCUCGUCUGGAGCCUCGACCAGUUGAUAACGCGGUAGACGAGAGCACGUCAGCAGCGCACCAAAUGCCGCCGCCAAGCCCGUACGAUGUACGCUCGCGGUACACGUUCUGCAAGCGUAUACGGCAACACAAGCCCUUCCGAGUGCAGGAUUCCCCUGUCGCUACACUCACCAUCUCCCCACGUCACUCGCCUGAUGACCGUCCGUCGUGUGUUUGCCGGUCGAGGUCACGUCCCGUCAAGUCUUAUUGCGAUCGCAAAAGUGCAGUCGCGACAGCCAAACUCCUCGCGCCCCUGAUCCUCCGCUGGCUGGAACGUGUCCCGUCGUGUCUUCAACCGAUCACUAUGCUGGACAACGUAGCUCCAUGUCUUGUCCACGCAGAGGAUCGCGCCGUGGACGUCACUCGCGGAUCGCCGAAAACGCAUGGCAGGGCUUGCAGGCGUCGCCGACGGUCGGUCCGCUGGAAGGCGAUCUGUCGUGUCUUUGCAGGUCCGGUUGCGUUUGAAGAUUGCACCACAAGACUUCCGCGCGCGUCGCCUGCACACUCGUCAAGGAUAGUGUUGAUCGCACGUCGUCACGGACCAGCUCGCCGGACGGCGAUGUGUCGUGUCUUCGACGGUCGGGUGGCAUUUCAACCGAGGGGACGCAGUGAGGAGACGGCGGUGACGAGUAGGGCUACGGACGACGAGACGUUCAUGGUUGAGGUUGCAGUAGUGCUUUGAAGAGUGCACCACGAGCGAACUGCCCCACGCGUCAUCUGCACACAAAGGAAGGCGUCGACCGCACGUCGUCGCGGGCCAGUUCGCCGGACGGC